AUGGCUGAAAAUCAAAAUCCGACCGAGAAGGAGAAGAUGCUCCGGGGCGAGUUGUACCGCGCUUUCACGCCGGAUCUCAUCGCGGGUCGAGCACGGUGCAAGGGCGCCUGCGAUAGAUUCAACAAUGCCGGCCAGAUAUCUCGACGACGGCAAGUAGAACUUUGGAGAGACCUUAUCCAGGAUGAACGUCCUCUCCCGCCCCUAGCAGAAGACCCUGAAGUCGAUGACCAGCUUUUCGAAGACGAGCCUUGGGUUGAAGCGCCCAUUCGAGUGGAUUACGGAUUCAAUGUGAAAGUGGGAAACGGUGUUUUUAUCAAUUUCAACUGUGUGAUCAUCGACACCUGCCUCGUAACAAUUGGGGCUAGAACAUUGGUCGGGCCCAAUGUAUACAUCUAUAGUGGGACGCACCCUCUUGACCCGGCAUUGAGGAAUGGGACGAAAGGGCCCGAGCUGGGGAAAGAAGUUCAUAUUGGGGAAGAUUGCUGGAUUGGCGGCAAUGUGGUUAUUCUGCCCGGUGUCACAAUUGGGAAAGGGGUCACUAUCGGUGCUGGCAGCGUCGUUACGAAGUAUGUGCCUUCGUUUCAUGUUGCAGCGGGAAACCCCGCAAAGGUUAUCCGCCGUAUAGAAACCGCAAUGGCAGACGUCCGGGGUCCAUAG